GUUUGAUCGUUCAUGCCAUAGAUGCAGCUAAGUGUUAUGGCCACAGGCGGCCCCACACUCUUGGUGGAGGAUGGAGGAGAGCCUGGCCCGAGUCCGCCCAGCUCGGGGGAAGAGCCAGAUGGUGAAGCCCUGUGCUGGGUCUGCCGAGAUCCCGAGAGGGGACUAUCCAACAGCUUGCGCUACGAACACUUGGCAAGCGUUCGUGGGAUAACCUUCCACAAAAAGGAGACCAGGCCCGAGCCACUGGUGGCGCCCUGCCGCUGUCGCGGCUCCAUGCGGGGCGUGCACGCGAGCUGCAUCGAGUCCUGGGUGGCUGCGCGCAACCGCCAGCGGAUGCGGCGAAGCAUGCAGGGCGGAGACCACGUGCAGCCCCGCAUUUGCUGCGAUCUGUGUGGCGAGCCCUACCAGGCAGAGCACCAGCCUGCAAACCUUUGCGCGUGCUUGAAGGCCCACCUCCGCGGCUGCAUGGAGGAGCUCCAGGAAGAGACGCGGAACCUGCGCCUACAGCAGGUUUGCGGAGCAAUCGUGGCCUGCUCCUGGUCUAUGAUGGUCAUGGUUGGGAGCACUAUGCUGACAUCUGGUGGCUAUAACCAGGCCUGUUAUGCGAAAAACGCAACAAGUGGGCGAUGUGGCCUGGCGGGGGCGGUUUAUGUUGCCUUGGUGAUGAUGCUGGCCUUGGAGUCCAUGGUGGUGCUGGUCUCCUUUGGGAUGAACUCGUUGCCAAACUCCUGCCUGCUGCGGCCCUUUUUCGUGGAUACCACGUCGCCGCCCAUGCAGGCGGCGGUGGUUUUGAUUUGGGUCCACCUUUGGGUGGUGCCGGCCAUCGCCACGCUGGGCUGUUGCAUCGAGACCUUGGCCACGAUGCAGUUCAAGGCGAAAAUUGAGUUGGCUGCCUGGUGGAUGCUCAUCCCAUUGCUGGUGCCAGCGCUUUUGCCCAAUUUGAGGCAGGCCAUUUGCUUUUUCCGCUCCGGGCGGGCCUUGUCGUCAUGCCGUCGCAUGGCGCAGGGCGUGCGCUCCUGCUGCACGAGGUGCUGCUCCAGGCAAUCCUUGCAGAAGUUCCUGUCGGUGAUGGCUCUCAUUUUGCAUCCAGCUUUGCCGUGGCUCCAAACCAUGCUGUGCUUCCCCUUCGGCAUGGCCUGGUUCAGCCCCGGGGAUGCCACCCUCCGAUAUUGGAUCCUGGGCAGUACGAGCGCGGUGGCGGUGCCAGCGGCCUGUUUUGCGUGGCUGCGAAUCUGCUGCAAGGGGCCCCUGCACGAGGACUACCAUUGCCCUUACGAGGACGGGGUGCGCAUGCACGUCGGCUGGUUCGGCGCUUUGGCGUUCCUGCUCUACAGUGGUUUCAGUGUACAUAUCGAGGGCGCCUGGCUGGCUCGCUCCAAGCGCGACCCCGUGCGGACCAACGACGCGGCCUUCGCCGUGUGGUGCUUGUGGGUCUUCCUGGUGGGCAGCUAUGCCAUCUACGCCAACGGAACAGUGGUUCUGGCCUAUAGCCGGCGCUGGCGCCUGCAGAACGGGCGCCUGGUGAUCGGCGGGGAGCAAGUGGCUUAGGUUCUUCUGACGCAGAAGAACUACCACAUAGAGCUGCACAGACCUUUUUCCUGGGUUGUUCAAAAGCAAUCCACAACCCCGCA